AUGGAUAACCAACAACUUACACAAGAAAUACUACUGAUGAAAACAGAGAUUGCUGUUCUAAAGAAAGAAGUUGAAGCUCUGAAAGAAGAAAAAGAGUUGGAGAAAAUCAAUAACCCAAUCAAAGAAAAUUUUGGACUCCUGGCAAGUAAUGAAAUAGAAUGGAGCAAAAAAGUCAGACAAGAAAUUUCAAACAAAGAAUCAAUAGAAGGGAUGUUGAAAAAAUACAUUACUACUCUUAUUGAAUACAUUGAAGUUGAGGUUAAAGGAAAAAACCCAGUCAUAUCUAUUGGUCUUAUAGAAAAUGAAAAUGUUGAUAGAAAUGCCCAUGUUGGAUGGAAUAAAGGAACAAUAGGAUUUCAUUCUGAUGAUGGAAAAUUAUUUAAUGAAGACGGAAAUGGAGUAAGGUUUGACGAACCUUAUAAAGAAGGAGAUGUCAUUGGAUGUGGAUAUAUUCAUCAACUUAAUUGUCCUUUUUACACAAGAAAUGGGAAGUUAAUAAAAGUCAUUCCCAUGAAACAAGAAAUGAAUUAUUUUGGUAUUGGAUUGAGAGAGUAUGAAACUGUAACUAUUAACUCUGGUAAAACACCUUUUAUGUUCGACUUAAUUAACUUUAAUGAAGAGUUGACAAACAAAACAUCAAAAUAUUUUAACACUAUUACAUUAAGUUGUGACUUAUUUAUUUCUGUUAUUACCGCAAGUAUUUAUUUUAGUCUCGAAGAAAUCAAACAACAGGUUUGUAAAAUAAUCCAAGAAAGAGUUAAGCAAAGUAUUAAACAAGAGGUUCAGACUGAUUUUUUUAUUUACGAAGAAAAAUCUUGGAAUAAAUAUUUUGAAACAAAGGAUUUACUUUAUCCAAACUUUUCAGAAAGAAUACUAUUUAACUCAGUAAGGCUUUGUUCACUAUUAAAAGACAUUGGCUCUAAUAAUCAAGAAAUUUCUGUAAAAUUAGUUUCAUAUCCAGAAUAUAUGUUAAAAAAGAAUUCCUCUUUAAAAGUACCAGAAAGGGUAUAUGUAAAAAAACCAGUUAUUUUAUUGUAUGAUGAUACAAUUAAAGAGAAAGAAGAGUUUUGUUGUCAUUUAGAAUUGAAUGAUGCAAUAGAUAUUGGUGCUACUUAUCCAAAUCCAAGAAUCAUUAAAGAAGACAAUACUAAGAAAGAGUAUGAAUGGAAAGGAACAUAUUGUAGUGAUGGAGUAUCAAAUUGUGUAAUUGAAAUAAAUAACAAACACUUUGACUAUUUAUUCUGGGAAGGUGUUUGUCUGAAGAAAGAAGAGUUCAAAGGAAAGGAAGUUGGCAUAACAUAUGAAAAUAUUUCUAAUGAAUUAGAAGUGUUGUUAAAGAAAUUGGGAAUGAAUGAGAGAGAAGUCAAUGAUUUCAUUGUUUAUUGGAUUGCAAAAUUAAAUAAGAAUUAUUACAAAGUUACAAUUUGUGAUUCAUCAUAUGAUAAUGAAAUUGCACAACUGAAAAUAAGUGGAUUUAAUCAAAUUCAUAGAAUAGCAUUAAAAUUUGAAGAAGUUGAAAAUAUUAAUAAUCUCCCAACAAUUGAUAGUGUUGAAGAAAGACAAAGACCAACAGGAAAGUAUGUCAUUGAAUGGGGAGGAAUCAUUGCUUAA